AACGAAAACAAGCUCGCUCCGAUUUCAGUUAUUUUUACACUUUCUAGCGAUAACUAUCUUAUAAAAUAGAAGUAGUUAUUUUUGAAAUCAAUUUGUACGUUUGUAGUUUUUAACUAGUUAACUAGAGUUAUUUAUGAAUUACUAGUGAUUUUAAACAUAAAAAGUCAAAUUUUCUUUGUUCAAAUAAAUUCAAAGUGCUUCAAGCUGAGCGACGUUGCCGUUCCGCCAUACAAGUUUUGGGACAACGAAAACGCACGGAAUCGGAUUGAUACCAGCCAUCUAGAUGUAUUAGCAAAGCUCACGAAAUUGUGACUUCUCCACAUAAAUCUUCAGUUCAUGAGGUACUAGGGCCGCCGCGCCCGGUCGCGCACUCGGGACGGACGAAGGGGGAAUCGGUGCAGGCACAUACAACGACUUCACGCCGCUGCUGCCCACUGCACUAAGUUAGGUGCCGAUUCACCCUCCGCUCGCAAAAAGCCCGACGAUGCAGAGAGCGGGCGCGAGGCACCCGGAUGCUAGCCCGUCCACCUCCGGCGCCAUGGAGGAGCACUAUGCUACGCUCAACGAGUACCUGCAGAUGGAACACAAGUUCCAGCCGAGACUGUGUCUGCCUAACGAGUCCGAGAACGGGGAAGUAACAACUGGGGCCCGGGACGGCGCGGCGCAUGUAAUGCGCUGCCUGAAGGUGUGGUACGACUUGCCGACCGAGGUGCUCAUAGAUGCCGUCAGCCUCUUCGACAGGUUCCUAACCAAAAUGAAGGUGCGUCCGUGCCACGUGCCGUGCAUCACCGUGGCCUGCAUGAACAUCGCCAUCGACCAGUACGCCGCACAGACUAAAGAGGCCCGCAAGGUCUCCGUCGAGGAGUUGGUGUCGAUCUCCCAGUCGGCGUGCACGGCGGGCGACGUGGCACGCAUGUCGCGCGUGGUGGUGGACAAGCUGGCGCUCGCGCCCGGCACCCGCGCCGUCACGGCACGGGACUGGCUGCGGCUGCUCACUCGCCUGCUGCAGCCGCACUGCCCUACCGCACCCGAGGUGAGUGUCUGCAGGACUACAUGUAGGUCAGGCGCAUGUCGCGUGGUGGUGGACAAGCUGGCGCUCGCGCCCGGCACCCGCGCCGUCACGGCACGGGACUGGCUGCGGCUGCUCACUCGCCUGCUGCAGCCGCACUGCCCUACCGCACCCGAGGUGAGUGUCUGCAGGACUACAUGUAGGUCAGGCGCAUGUCGCGUGGUGGUGGACAAGCUGGCGCUCGCGCCCGGCACCCGCGCCGUCACGGCACGGGACUGGCUGCGGCUGCUCACUCGCCUGCUGCAGCCGCACUGCCCUACCGCACCCGAGGUGAGUGUCUGCAGGACUACAUGUAGGUCAGGCGCAUGUCGCGUGGUGGUGGACAAGCUGGCGCUCGCGCCCGGCACCCGCGCCGUCACGGCACGGGACUGGCUGCGGCUGCUCACUCGCCUGCUGCAGCCGCACUGCCCUACCGCACCCGAGGUGAGUGUCUGCAGGACUACAUGUAGGUCAGGCGCAUGUCGCGUGGUGGUGGACAAGCUGGCGCUCGCGCCCGGCACCCGCGCCGUCACGGCACGGGACUGGCUGCGGCUGCUCACUCGCCUGCUGCAGCCGCACUGCCCUACCGCACCCGAGGUGAGUGUCUGCAGGACUACAUGUAGGUCAGGCGCAUGUCGCGUGGUGGUGGACAAGCUGGCGCUCGCGCCCGGCACCCGCGCCGUCACGGCACGGGACUGGCUGCGGCUGCUCACUCGCCUGCUGCAGCCGCACUGCCCUACCGCACCCGAGGUGAGUGUCUGCAGGACUACAUGUAGGUCAGGCGCAUGUCGCGUGGUGGUGGACAAGCUGGCGCUCGCGCCCGGCACCCGCGCCGUCACGGCACGGGACUGGCUGCGGCUGCUCACUCGCCUGCUGCAGCCGCACUGCCCUACCGCACCCGAGGUGAGUGUCUGCAGGACUACAUGUAGGUCAGGCGCAUGUCGCGUGGUGGUGGACAAGCUGGCGCUCGCGCCCGGCACCCGCGCCGUCACGGCACGGGACUGGCUGCGGCUGCUCACUCGCCUGCUGCAGCCGCACUGCCCUACCGCACCCGAGGUGAGUGUCUGCAGGACUACAUGUAGGUCAGGCGCAUGUCGCGUGGUGGUGGACAAGCUGGCGCUCGCGCCCGGCACCCGCGCCGUCACGGCACGGGACUGGCUGCGGCUGCUCACUCGCCUGCUGCAGCCGCACUGCCCUACCGCACCCGAGGAGGCGGAGCUGCUGAAGCUGCUGGAGAUCGUGGUGUGCGACGCGGCCUGCGCCAACGCGCGCACCAGCGAGCUGGCGCUCGUGCUGCUGUACCAGCGCCUCGAGCAGCAGCUCGUGGACCUGGCCCGCAGCGCGCCGCUGCCCGACCACGCCUACCAACUGUUCGAGGUCGGAGCCCAGCUGCAGCACUACUGCAAUAUGUCAGACGCGUCGCUGGUGAGCACGCGAGGCCGCGUCCAACACGUCCUGGCGCGCUACGAGGCGCGCGCCGCCGCGCCGCAGCGCCAGCGCCUCGUGUGGCGCCUCUCCGAGCGCACGCUCAAGGUGCUGCGGCCCACGGACCGGCUAGGCUCGCUGCUGCCCACCAUCGAGGAGCAGCACUACGCUGUGGAAGCCACGCCAAACAGGAACAGAUCCGGCAGCGAAAGCAGCGAGAACGAGGAGACCUCCGACUGGCCGCGCAGCCCCGUGCUGCCCGUCUACUGCGACCACUGAGCACUGCGCCCGCCUGGCGGGGGCCCCGCCACUAACAACUGAUGUAACACUACUCCAUUCUCACUAGAACACUUUGAAACACUUCCACCCGCAGGUUUUAAUACAGUCAAAAUAGACUAAAGUUACUUUAACAGCUCUCAUGGCGACCCCGCCAAUGCAUUAUGUAUGGGUUAAUUUAGCGAUCUAUCACGACUGUACUGCCUGAGCAUUUUGAUAAGACAUGUUGUUACAUAUUUUAUUAUAGGUUUUUUAAUGAUCUGAUGUGGAAGCGAGGCCCCUGGUCGUCUUUAAAUAUGGCUGGCGCUGUCCUGAGUGGUCGUUCGGGGGCUGCACUUUUAAAACCUCAACCGCUAAAACCAGAUUGGUGAGACAUGAGUAGUUCCUAAAUGUGUGUAAUUUGAUUUAUUUUGAAAAUACGAUCAAAAUAGUGCAGCCCUUAGUCCCGUAAGUAUAGUUUUCCUGGUAUUAGGCAGCUUGUAUGUCAACUGGAUGAGAGCAUGUGAUCCCAAUUUUGAGAAAAAGUCAAAAGUCCGUGAUCCUGAAAGGUGUUAUGAGUAUUUAAAAUAAACUGUUGUCUUUUACGAUAUUUCACUGUGUAGGCUGAUUAUUUUUGUUUUAAUAGUCUAAAUAGCGAAUGUAGUAAACAUUCUGGUUUAAUUAACUGAUUACGAAGUUUUACGGCCGAGCGCAGUGAGGUGUCGCAGGAGACGGCUGUAUAGUUUAGUUAACGGUUAAGACAUGGUCCAGUGCCAGUUCAAGCGUGUUUUAACGUUUUAUAAACGAGAAUAGGUAAUUUUUCUACAAAUUUACAGUUUUAAGAUUAAAUAGUGCAAUUCAAGUCGAAAUUUGUCUUGACAUUUUUGGAGUAUUAUUGAAUUUCUUUAUUGCAUGCGUCCCGGGCGUCGCUUAUUCCAGAGACAAGACAUACGAGCGCAAAAAUACACUUAAAUACUUAGAUCUAAGUUCUUUCUUUUCUUAUUUUUUUUCCUUGAUUGCGCUUGUAUGGGCGAGUCGUUAUUGUAAACUAAUAUCAGUCUUUUUAAGCUUUAUUAAAUUUAAUUGUAAUUAAUAGUUUUUAUUUCGAGUAAGCGGCGACCGUGUUGCCCAUAGCUUUCUACUGUGAUGGUUUUAUAAGAAAAUGUUAAAAGAAAAUUCCAUAUUGCGUAGAUUAUAAGGAUACCCAUGCGAGAACAGUGUGUAAGUAACGAUAUCCACCGAAAUGAAGUGUACAUGAGCAGUAAAUUAUUUACUAUUAUAUGAUAAUUAAUAUAUUUUUUCUCUUUAAAUACCACUGACUAACUCAAUUGAAGAGUUUCUAAAUUUCAUAACAUUUAAUCUAAAACGUUGGCAUUAUUAUUUUCAUUUAUUUAUAUUAUUUUAUAACUUAAUAAUAAUUCUUAUAAAAUAUUUCGAUUAUUUCAUAAUUAUGUCUAGCUAUAAACAAAUAAAUGACAAAAAAAUUACAAAUCUUUGAAAAAAUAAAAAAAAUGAUCUCAGGUAAUGUUUUCAAUCUGUCGCGAAGAAAAUAAAAUAAUAAUAAAAAAAAACAAAUGUGAAAAGCAUGAGCGGCGUGUCUAUGGUUUGCAUUUUCCCGCUUUUCUAAAAACGCACGCCGCUUGCGCUUUAAAAAAAUCUUUCUAAGAUUUUAUAACUUAGCCUUAAACAGAGUCAUGUAUCGUGUGUAGCGAGUGAGGUGAAAAUGUGUCUUAAAAAAUGUAAAAAAAAAUGUCCAAAAAUCUUAGUAGCUAGUAAAACUCUGUGAUUAAGUCUUAUCAAUAAUGUUUCACUUUUUGAGCAUUUUUACUGGUGCAAAAAACAGAGGAAUAAAUAUUUAUAAGAAAUAAUAAGAGAUAGUCUUCUUUCCAAUAAUGAUUUGUAAAAACAUGAAAUACAACUCUGUUUUUCUUGUAAUGAAAGUGAUAAUAAUUUAGAACAUGUUUUUACGAAUUAUUCUCUUCUAUCAUUCUUCUGAAUAUGAUUAGCUUAAGUGUAAUUGGCAUUUUGUGUGACUGGAUUCAGUCUGUAAAACACCUGUGUAUGCUUGAGUGUUUUGUGGUACAAUCAUGAAACGGAAAAUAUCUGAAAUCUCGAAUCAAUAAGAGAAUAAAUGUUGAGACUCUUUA